AUGGCAGACGCAGUAGCUGCAGUCGCCGAGGGAGUGGCGAAGCUCCAGCUCGACGAGGAGACGGGCGAAAUGGUAUCAAAGGGCGAAUUGAAGAAGCGCCUAGCUAAGCGUGCAAAGAAAGCUGCUCAAGCUAAAGCGAAGGCGGAAGCUCCAGCAAAAACUCCAACUGCUCCCAAAUCUGGCCCAAAACCCAACGAUGCCCCGGCCCCGGAACCAAUGAACAUCUUCGCCCAAGGCUUUCUCGAUGAGGUGUAUAAGGAGCGGCCAGUGAAGCCAGUGGUUACACGAUUCCCGCCAGAACCCAACGGCUUCUUGCAUAUUGGACAUGCUAAAGCUAUUGCGGUUAAUUUUGGGUUUGCGAAGUAUCACGGAGGAAAAUGCUACUUGCGGUUCGAUGAUACCAAUCCGGAGGCGGAGGAGGAGAAGUACUUCGUUGCUAUUAGGGAAAUGAUUGAGUGGUUGGGAUUUGAGCCAUGUGCUGUUACAUAUUCGAGUGAUAACUUUGGAAAACUCUACGAGAAGGCGGAGGAGCUCAUCCAAAAGGGAAAGGCAUAUGUGUGCCAUUGUGGAGACGCCGAGAUCAAGGCUCAACGAGGAGGAGAAAGCCAUGGGCCUCGAUUCCGAUGCGAGCACGCUAAUCAAACUAUCGAAACGAAUCUUGAAGAGUUCCGAGGCAUGCGAGAUGGGAAAUACAAGCCGAGGGAAGCCUUCCUACGAAUGAAACAAAACAUUGAAGAUGGAAAUCCGCAAAUGUGGGAUCUGGCCGCGUACAGAGUCUUAGAUGCCUCUCAUCACCGCACGGGGGAUACCUGGAAGAUAUAUCCUACAUACGACUUCACGCAUUGUCUAUGUGACAGUUUCGAAGGCAUCACUCACUCCCUAUGCACAACGGAGUUCGUUCUAUCUAGAGUAUCGUACGAAUGGUUGAACAAGAGCCUCGAGGUUUAUGAACCUAUGCAAAGAGAAUAUGGUCGUCUAAACAUUACCGGGACUAUCCUCUCAAAGCGAAAGAUCGCGAAACUUGUAAAUGAAGGCUACGUCCGAGGCUGGGAUGACCCAAGACUUUACACCCUUAUCGCAAUUAAAAGACGUGGCGUCCCACCAGGAGCAAUCCUCGAAUUUGUCAACGAACUGGGUGUCACCACGUCCCCCACAAGUAUCCAACUCGUCCGCUUCGACCAAACCGUCCGACGAUAUCUCGAGCGUACUGUCCCACGCCUAAUGCUAGUCCUCGACCCUGUCCCUGUGAUAAUCGACGAUGCCGAAGAAAUGGAAGUCGAGAUUCCCUUCUCGCCCAAGAUCCCCGCCAUGGGCACCCACAAAGUCAAACUCACAAAAACUGUCUAUAUCGACCGUAGCGAUUUCCGCGAGAUCGAUAGCAAAGAUUAUUUCCGCCUGGCACCUGGAAAAUCAGUCGGCCUCCUCCAAGUGCCGUACCCUAUCAAAGCCACAUCUUUCACAAAAGACCCCACCACUGGCAAAAUAUUGGAGAUCCACGCAGUCUACGAUAAAGAGGGGAAGAAGCCAAAGACCUACAUCCACUGGGCGGCAGAAGGGUCACGAGAAGUCGAAGUUAGGCUCUAUAAUUCUCUUUUUAAGAGUGAGAAGCCGGAAGAUGCGGAGGGCGGGUUUUUGAAUGAUAUCAAUCCGAAUAGUGAGGAGAUUUGGCCUCGUGCUUUGAUCGAAAGUGGAUUCGAGGAGGUAAAGCGGAGGGCACCCUGGCCGGAGGCAGCUGGGGAGUCUGGGUUGGGUAAAGGGGGCUUGGAGAGUAUUAGGUUCCAGGCGAUGCGGGUUGCAUAUAUGGCCGUAGACUCCGACAGCACAGCCGAUAAGAUCAUCCUCAAUCGCAUCGUUAGCUUGAAAGAAGACGCAGGAAAAUAG